GGUUCUGUUACGUCAAACGACAAGAGAGGCGCGUGGGUUCUGUUAAUUUCGUUGGCUUCAUAAGCCAACGCCACUCUGGCUUUGAUUCCGCUUUUUUUUUUUUGCCCCUCAAAUUUUCGAUUAUCAACUGAAAAAGAAAAAAGAUAAAGAUAAAGAUAAAGAAGAGGAAGAAGAAGAAGAAUCCUAGAUCAGGGCCUUUACAAAAGUCUCCCUUUUAUUGGUUAGAUGAGCAUAGUUUCUGGCUUGGGUCUGAUUUAGAUUCGCAUAAAGUUGUAAGGACAUGUGCUUUUUAUGUUUUUGGAGCCUAGACUUGACAUUCUGUCUUGUUCCUUCUUCCUCUUCAUGAACAAAGGACCAUACAAAGUUUUUCCUUUUUUUGUAUUCUGAUUGGAAACAGAGAAAUUUAAUUAAAAACGGCUUCCUGACAUAUAUGGGUGCUUUGGUUUUUUAUGGAUGGGAGCAAAAGUAGCUCCUUCCCUCAAACUCAGGCAUAUAAUUUUUGGAAUGCAGGAGACAACAGAAGCAGACAUUGGAUAAAGGAAUCAAGCGUCAAAAUUCUUGGGAUCAUUGGUUGGUUUAGAUGCAUAAUGGUUUUUUUGGAUGAAAAAUGCAAAUUUUGAUCUGGAUUUUUGGUGGAGGAUGAAGAAGAGGUCUUUCAAUUCAUAAUUAAAGUUAGGUACAGGAGAAUUUUGAUUUUGAUUACAAUGGAGGCACAACCAACUGAGCAGCCAAUUGUUCCUGCUCGUAGGAAAAAGAUGACCAAACAAUUAACAGGAAAACGUGAUGAUACGACUCUACAUUCUGCAGCAAGAGCUGGAAAUCUUGCUGUGGUGACAGAAAUCCUAACAGGCACCGGGGAGGAUGAGCUCAAGGAGCUGUUACCUAAACAGAACCAAUCUGGUGAAACUGCCCUUUAUGUCGCCGCCGAAUAUGGUUAUGUUGAUUUGGUUAAGGAGAUGAUUAACUAUUAUGAUCUUGCUGAUGCUGGGAUCAAAGCUAGAAAUGGCUUUGAUGCAUUCCACAUAGCUGCUAAACAAGGAGAUUUAGAUAUAUUGAAAGUGCUACUGGCAGUCCAUCCAGAAUUGGCUAUGACUGUUGAUUUAUCAAACACCACGGCUUUGCACACGGCUGCAACACAAGGCCAUAUAGAGAUUGUGAAUUUUUUAUUGGAGGCAGGUAGUAGCCUGGCUACAAUAGCAAGGAGUAAUGGUAAAACAGCUUUACAUUCUGCUGCAAGAAAUGGGCAUGUGGAGGUUGUGAAAGCACUUUUGGCUAGUGAACCUGGGAUUGCGCCAAGGACUGAUAAGAAAGGGCAGACUGCACUUCACAUGGCAGUGAAGGGGCAGAAUCUUGUGGUGGUGGAGGAAUUGAUCAGGGUGAAUCCUUCAUUGAUGAUAAACAUGGUUGAUACCAAGGGAAACACAACCUUGCAUAUAGCUACCCGGAAGGGAAGAGCUCAGAUUGUUAAGUUGCUACUUGGAUACAAGGAAACCGACACGAAAGCUGUUAACAGAAGUGGUGAAACUGCUUUUGACACAGCUGAGAAAACUGGGCACGCUGAGAUUGCAACCAUGCUGCAGCAGCAUGGGGUUCAAAGUGCUCAAAGCAUCAAGCCAGCAACACCAAAUCCAGCCCGUGAGUUAAAACAAACUGUGAGUGACAUAAAGCAUGAAGUGCACAAUCAACUAGAACACACCCGCCAAACUAGAAAGCAUGUGCAAGGCAUUGCCAAAAGACUCAACAAAAUGCAUGCUGAAGGUCUUAACAAUGCAAUAAACUCGACCACUGUUGUUGCUGUCCUAAUUGCUACAGUUGCCUUUGCUGCCAUUUUCACUGUCCCUGGCCAAUAUGUUGAUGACCCGCUUGACAUUCCUCCCGGACACUCCCUUGGGGAAGCAAAUAUAGCCCCAAAGCCUGCCUUUAUAAUUUUCUUCAUCUUUGAUUCCAUUGCCCUCUUCAUUUCUCUGGCAGUUGUUGUGGUUCAGACCUCAGUUGUAGUCAUUGAGAGCAAGGCAAAGAAGCAGAUGAUGGCAAUUAUCAACAAGUUAAUGUGGUUGGCUUGUGUGCUUAUUUCAGUGGCAUUCUUAGCCUUGUCAUUCGUUGUAGUUGGCAAGAAGGAAAGAUGGCUUGCUAUUGGAGUGACAAUUAUAGGAACAAGCAUAAUGGCCACAACUUUAGGCACUAUGUGUUAUUGGGUGAUUAGGCAUCGGAUUGAGGCUUCAAACUUAAGAAGUAUACGAAGAUCGUCAUUGGAGAGCAGGUCACGCUCCUUUUCAAUGUCAGCGAUGUCAGAAUCCGAAAUUCUAAACAAUGAGUUUAAGAAAAUGUACGCGAUUUAAUAA